UGUUCUAUAAUUAGGAAAUUCUCAAUAUAUACGAUGGAAUUCCAUAUACAGUUCACAAUGUCUUCUUCUUCUCCUUCUUCUUCUUCUUCUUCUUCGACUAAUCCCUUUGUGACGCUUCCAUUAAGAAACUACCAUCGGGUUAUGGUUUUCCUAUCAUACUAAAUUCAAAGAAUUGAUUGCUUAUUACGGUGAUCAAGGUCCAGAUGAGUUAUUCAGGAGUCAAAUUCUCAACUCUAAAUCUACAGUUUUGAAAACCAAGAUGAAAUCCGUUAGCUUGACAAUCUGCGAAGAUUAUGUGGUGCUUGUCCUCGACGCCAUUAGUUUUCCAAUCCUCUUCGACACAUCUAAGAUCAAGAAGAUAACCUGUUCUGAUGAUUUCUUCUCCAGUUUGGCCUUCACUGGCCGUUAUUGUGUAUGUCAAUAUCUCGAUCCUUCCCAACCUAAUCACUCUUCUUUGACCUUCAUUUCAUCUAUUCUUCAUGCUUGCCAUCAUAAAUUCAUUCCACUAUUCCGUAGUUGCUUGGAUGACCUUUUCACCAACUUAGAAACAGAAUUAGUAGGGUCAACAAAUAAAGGCCACGUAGACUUCAUUUCACUCAACGAUCGCAUGUGUUUUGACUUUGUGUUUCGAUUGUUCUGUGAUGAUAAGAGUCCUUCUGACACCGCUAUCGGGUCUGAAGGGCCUGAACUUGUUGACAAAUGGCAAAACUAUGACAUGGCUAUGCUACAACCAUUUGGGUUUGUUAAUUUUUAUUUUACAGGGUUGAGGAAGGUUCCACGCUUUCUAAAAGAUUUUGCUAGGAACAUGAACUUGAUACCUAACUCCUUCUUUACAUCUAAUUAUAAUAAGCUUUGUGAUGCUUUUGAAGUUCAUGCCAAGCCAACACUAGAUGAAGCUGUGAGGAUGGGGAUUAAACGAGACGAAGCUUGCCAUAACUUAGUUUUUUUUUGCUUGUUCAAUGCCCAUGGUGGCUUCAAGGCUUGGUUCCCAGCACUGAUCAUAUGGGUUGGGUUAGCUGGCAAGGAAGUGCACAAACAAUUGGCAAACGAAAUCAGGACUGUUGUUAACUCUACAAAUAGACGUGAGACCGAUGAUCCAACCGUGGAAAAUAAGCAAUGCCCGGGAAAGGAUAUGGCGGUGAUGUUGUCUAAGGUCAUGUUGGUGGAACUCUUAUUACGUUACGACACGUUUGCUGUAGUUGAUGAUCGUUCGCCUAUUUGGAUGGGAUCUUCAUGUACAAUCAAGUGGGUGAGUCGGUCAAGUAAAAAUUUAAUACAGGGGGUAUUUGGGAAGAUAGCUCAGUUAGAGUAGUCAAUUGAAAAAUAAAUAAAAUAAGUUAAAAUAAUUAAUAAGA